CAGAUGGAAGUGGACACCGGCUCAUCGAUCACAAUUAUGUCUUGGGGGACCCUAGUGAAGGACUUGCCAGCCGUCGCGAAGCGCCAACUACAGACCCAGAAGCUGAGAGUGCAGGACUACCAAGGAAAUCGAAUCCCUGUUCGAGGGGUGACGUCCGUCCAAGUCAAGUAUGGACAGUUCAAAAAGACCCUACCCAUCACCAUAGUCGAUGGAACCUUACCGAGUUUGCUAGGACUGGACUGGUUCCGAGCUUUGGGCAUGGAAGUGACCGGGGUCUUCAGAAACGAAGUCGACCUCAAGGCCGAACUGCUGAAGGAGUUCGAGGACGUUUUCAAAGACUGCCUGGGCAAGUACGAGGGGACCCCUAUCUCUUUCAAUCUAGACCCGCAGGUUGCCCCGAUCAGGUUAAAGGCUAGGAGGGUCCCAUUUGCCCUUAAGCCAAAGAUUGAUAGGGAAUUGGACAAGCUAGUUAGCCAGGGAAUACUAGUGCCCAUUGACCAUGCGAAAUGGGAGACACCCAUAGUGACCCCAGUCAAACCGGACGGAUCGGUCCGGAUUUGUGCUGACUACAAGGCAACGUUAAACAAAGCGUUGCAAAAGAGUGCAUACCCCGUUCCAGUAGUGCAACACUUGCUGCACUCGUUGGGACAAGGGCAAGUUUUCGCCAAACUCGAUUUGGCUCAAGCCUACCAGCAGUUACCCGUAGACAGCAGCACAGCCGAGGCACAGACAAUUGUCACGCACCGGGGUGCUUUCAAAUGCACUCGACUCCAGUUUGGAGUUAGUGUGGCCCCAGGGCUAUUUAAAAACCUAAUGGAGCGACUAUUACAGGGCUUACCCGGGAUGGUACCUUAUUUCGAUGAUGUAUUGGUAUCAGCUGAGAAUUUAGAGGAACUGGGAGUUAGACUAAGAAAAGUUUUGGGCAUUUUCCGGUCUGCCGGGCUUAAAGUUAAGCUUAACAAAUGCCAAAUUGGGGUAGAAUCCGUGGAAUUCCUAGGCUACCGCAUAGACAGGGAAGGGAUUCACCCCACGGAGAGCAAGGUAAGGGCCAUCAGGAAGGCCCCAGCUCCCAAAAAUAAAACGGAGUUACAAGCAUUCUUAGGUCUUGUCAACUUCUAUGCGGUAUUCUUAAAACACAAGGCAACAAUAGCCGAACCGCUACACAAAUUACUAGCAAAGAAAGCUGUUUGGUCCUGGGGGAAGGCGGAAGCUAGGGCAUUCGAAGGGGUAAAAAACCUUUUGUCUAGCGAUAGCCUCCUCAUUCAAUAUAAUGGCACGUUGCCAUUAGUACUAGUUUGUGAUGCAUCUCCCUAUGGGGUGGGGGCUGUGCUCAGCCACAGAUUGCCGAAUGGAACGGAAGCCCCUAUAGCAUAUUAUUCCCGAACAAUGUCCCAGGCCGAAAGGAACUAUAGCCAGCUAGAUAGGGAAGCAUUGGCAAUAGUCUCCGGGAUGAAGAAAUUCCACGAAUACGUUUUCGGACGAGACUUCGAGAUAGUCACGGACCAUAGACCCCUACUAGGCCUAUUGGCAGGCGACCGCCCAACACCCGUUGCACUUUCACCCAGGCUGACCCGUUGGACUAUCUUCCUAGCAGCAUACUCUUAUAAAUUGAUCCACCGCCCCGGAAAAGACUUAGGGCAUGCGGACGCUCUAAGCAGAUGCCCUUUACCCAAAACCAUCGAAGACCCGACCCCGGGGAUUCCAGUCUUACUAAUUGAUUCUUGGGACUCUGGCCCAGUCACGUCCAAAGAAGUGGCUAGGGCAUCUUACAAGGACAUUACAAUAAGGACUGUAAUCGGUUGGGUGCAAAGGGGAUGGCCCGCUGCGCCGGGCGAGCGGUUCAAAGACUUUGCGAAAAAACAAGGGGAACUGUUGGUGCAAGGGGGGUGUCUGUUAUGGGGGGAUAGAGUGGUCAUUCCAGAAAAACUACGGAAAAAUGUAUUGGAACUAUUGCAUGUGGGUCACCCGGGAAUCGUGAGGAUGAAGAGUUUAGCGAGGAGUUAUGUUUGGUGGCCCUUGAUGGAUCAGGAAAUCAGCGACAGGGUAGGGAGAUGCCAACCCUGCCAAGAGUCACGGCCACUACCCCCUACAGCCCCAAUUAGAGAGUGGGAGAAACCCCAGGGGCCAUGGUCCAGAAUUCACAUUGAUUUUGCCGGCCCGUUCCACGGGCAAACCUUUUUAAUUGUAGUAGAUGCCUACUCAAAAUGGUUAGAAAUUAUCCUCAUGAGAUCCAUGACGGCUGAGGCAGUCAUCUCAGUCCUGAGGCACCUGUUUGUAACCCAUGGGUUACCCAACACCCUGGUCUCCGACAACGGCCCGCAAUUCACGGCAACUCAGUUUGAGGGGUACUUGGCUGAGGAGGGCAUCAGACAUGCCCUCUCGGCGCCUUUCCACCCGGCGUCGAACGGACUUGCAGAACGUUUCGUUAGGAGCGCGAAGGAAGCGCUAUCUAGGAUAAGAUCCCAUAAAGUGGCUAUACGGAAGAUUCAGGACUAUCAAAACCAAAUAAUUCUUCUACACAGAAUUAAACGAAAAUUGCUUGCAUGGAAUUAUGUAGCGAUUGUUUUAAACGAAUGCAUGAUGUGGGUGGCUAUUAGCCAAGUUGGUUCUAUUGCAUCCCAGUUUGAUAGACACCAUGAAUGGCUGUGA